GUUGGGCCCUUGUCCUACGUCUAGCACGGGGUCCCUUUUCACAUCUGCGUGAAGGACCGCGACGAGCCGGAGGCAGUGGUGGCGCCCCAUGGUUUGUCAUUUUCUGCUCAUGGCGAUUUCCGAAACGGCGACGCCGGCGAGCGGCGUAGAAUCUGGGUCGACGUCGGCGGCCAGAGAUCUAGGAGCGCGCUUGGGGGCGUCCAUCUCGGGCGGCGGCGUCGCCGCGGCGGCCGCCUCGGUCGUAGGCUCCCUGGAUACAGUCAUGCGAGCGUUCUCUCCUGACAUCCGUCCGCUGGAUCAGGGGGGCGCGCAGCGGGGGGAAGUGAGGGGUUCUCCUGAUGUAGAGUUCUCCGGCGGGUCCUGCACACUUUCAGCUCUGGGGAGGCGUUGUGGCAUCCAGGAGCGCCGCUGGGUCGGCGCCGUCCGUCGUCUCAUGCGGCUCGGUACAGUCCUCCCCCAAUGUGCCCGAGCAGCCGCAAGCACCACCAUCAGAGUUGGCUGGAAGCACAGGGAAAGAGGGCCACAAGGACCAGACGAGCGGUCGGUAAUAGUUGAUCGUGUGCCGGCACUAGAAGCUGCCAUAAGAGGAUUUGCUGACAGGGGAACUGAUGUAGUUGUCAACCCCGUGCUUGGCAUAAUUUUCGAUUCUCUGCCAGAGGCGUAUGAAUUUUACAAUCUUUAUUCAUGGGAAGUUGGCUUUGGGAUUCGUUACGGCAAGAGCAGGCAGAAUGUCAAUGGGACCAAGUGUAUGCAGGAGAUCGUAUGCGGCUGUGCUGGCAAACCAGAGAGGGAGAACAGCUCGUCCAUGAGGAGCAAUUGUGCCGCCAUGCUGCGUCCGCACCAGACGGAUGACGGGGGAUGGUAUGUAUCGGAGAACCGUGCUUCUCACAACCAUGAACUGCUUCGGACUUGUGGGGAGAAGCUGCACUGGCCAUCACACCGGUGCAUUGACACAUACACCAGGGACCUUGUGAAGCAGUUGCGAUAGAACAAUGUUAAUCUGGGGAAGGUGUACAGCAUCAUUGGCAGUCUGUUUGGGAGAAUGGAGAACGUGCCGUUUACGAAGAGGUGCCUUAGAACUUUCUGUGGAAAGCUUAGUAGGGAGCAGGCAGAUGAUGAUGUACGCAAGACUAUGGAUGCAUUCUCCGAGCUGGGGUCAAAUGAUCCAGAGUUCUCGUAUGUGGUUGAUGUUGAUAAAGAAAGCAAGCUAAAAACCCUGCUGUGGACUAAUGGUAGAAGCAAGAUGCAGUACCACAAUUUCGGUGAUGAAAUAACAUUUGACACAACUUACAAGACAAAUCUAUAUGACAUGCCUUUCGGGUUGUUUAUGGGGGUGAACAAUCACUUCCAGAGCAUCAUCAUGGGGGGGGGGGGGGUCAUGAUGAGGGAAGAAACAAUUGAGAGUUUUAAUUGGGUAUUCACCGAGUUUAUUAGACUGAUGGGUGGCAGGCCUCCAAAAACAAUACUAACCGAUUGGUUUACUACCGCACCAUUCCCCCGAUUUAUCUUUUUUUGCUUUUGGUAUGAAGCCUAAUAAGGAUUUGGUAUUUGCAGAUCAAGCGCGGGCCAUGGAGGUCGCUAUAGAACAAACGAUGCCUGAUACCACACACCGCUGGUGUAAGUGGCAUGUGCUUCAGAAGGCGAAAGAGCACCUCAGGCCGCAUUACACGCAACGGAGUGAUUUUAGGGCGGCGUUGCACGAGGUUGUCAAUGAAAUGCUAACUGUCGAUGAGUUCGAAGUUGCUUGGGCUGAACUGCUUGACAGAUACAAGCUCCACAACAACACCUUCCUGAUCCAGAUUUUCGAGGUUAGGCACAAGUGGGCAAAACCUUAUUUUAGUGGCAAGUUCUGUGCGAAGCAAACCAGUACGCAAAUGAGCGAAAGUGCGAACCAUUUGUUGAAGGGCUACAUUCCCCCGGCUUGCCCCAUGAACCUAUUUGUGAAACAAUACAGCAAGUUGCAGUUCGACCGAGAAGCUGAAGAAGGGUUCCAAGAGAAGAGAACAAGGGCGGUGUAGUUCUCCGAUACAAUUUCCCUUUGGAAGAGCAUGCGAGCCAGGUGUACACCCGGACGAUGUUUGAGAUGUUUGGUCAGGAUUUGUACCGUGCGGGAAGAUAUGAUGUCGAGGAAGUUGAACGAGGCACGAGGUACCAUGUGCGGCACAUUGAAGCUGAGAAGCGAGAGAAGUGGUGCCGCGAGAUGCAUGCUGUCGAUGUCCAUGAAGGUGGCGCUCGGUACACAUGCGAAUGCGGCUUGUUUGAGCACAUGGGGAUGCUUUGUUGCCAUGCUAUCAAGGUAAUCCCUGACUCUACCGCCUCUAUGUUCUUCUUCAUUUGGGGGUGCGGAAGAUACCUAGCUUUCAUGUGAUGAAGCGAUGGACAAUAGAUGCCCGCGACAACUUGCCGCUUCACCUCAUCCAUUACCAGACAGAUCAAGGCCCUCCGUGGUUGUCAUCCUACCGGCAUACUGCACUACACCUGACAGCACUCGAGUUUGUGCAACUCAGUGACAGCAAUGUUGAUGCAUUCGAUAGAGCAAUGGACAUUUUAAUUGCAGGCAAGGCUGAACUGACCGUUUUGGCAGCGAUCAAAGAUGGCAAAAGUUUGGUUGACCAAACCCAAGUUGGAGAGUCAGCCAAUCCAACCAUGACUAUGAUGGUAGACGGCGCGCAUCAAGAAGAUGAGCGUUCUGAGAUGUUCAUCUCAGCUGAAUGUGGCCUUGGAUCUGUCUCCGUGGGAGCUGAUUCCAGGCGUCCAUUAUCCACUUUAUUGGCCCCUCAUAGGAUGAAGCAGAAGGGGAGGCCGACAACGGCGAGGGGCAAGCCUGGAUAUGAGAUCAAAGACGUGCGAUCAAGAUUUUGCACUCUUUGUAGAGAGAAAGGGCACAAGAGCACGACGAGCCCCCGCAGGGGGGACCUUCCUAAGAAACCCCGCAAAAUCCCUACAUGUGGCAAUUGCGGUGUGGCUGGGCACAAGAAAACAAGUUGUUUCAACCCAGUGUUGCCGUUUGUGAAGAGGCCUCGCGACGGACCAGUGGAGUGAUGUCCAUUUCAUGAUAUGAUGCAAAAUUUGAUUGAAUCAGUCGAGAGUAUUAUGUUUUCUGCUUGUUAGGACUGUUGGCUUGUAAUUCUAAUAAAUGUUUUGCUUGUCUUUGGGGUACUGGACAUAGGUUGCUGUUUUUUUAGCCGUUAUUUCGGUGUUUUAGUUUCGGAGCCUCAGGGCGUGCUGUAGAUUUGUUAACUUUUCAAGUGAUGUUCAAUUUCAGCUACUUAGGACUCAUUUGGGUUUGCUGUGAGGUGGUUUGGUUUUAAAAACGAUAUCCUAGCUCGCUGUGUGGUUUGCUGUAGA